AGAAGAUGGCGAGGGUGUGUAGGCGGCAGCAAUGCUCCGUUGAGAGACGCGGCUUUCGGCAAGAACUGGACUCGUGGCGCCACAAGCUCAUCCACUGUGUAGGUCCCGUUUCCCUCUGUGCGGCGGCCGGCGGGACCAUAAGGGCUUAACUCACAUAUUUAACCCCCCUCCAAAAAGAUUUGAAAGUAUUCUUGAAGGGCUGUUUGGACCUGCGUUAUUAAAAGAUCUCAGUUUAUUUAAAGAGUGUGACCCUGAAAGCAUUUCUGAUUGGGCGUUUGAUGAAAAUUGUCUGUUCUGUUGCUUGAAAAGAGAUAAAGUAAAGGGACAUUUAGUCGGUCUGGAUGAACCAGCUUCCGGAGCUGGGCAAGAAGCUUUGCUUAAGCAAGAGCACGCAAAAAUCAUUCGACUCCAGAGACAAGCAGAAGAGUUCCUCAAUGCAGUCUUUUAUAGAAAAGACAGUCCCUGGGUCUCCGACCCCAAUAUUCCCUUAGUGGCCCGUGAGAUCAUGCAGCGAAUGAUCCAACAAUUUGCUGCUGAAUAUACCUCAAAAACUAGCUCUACUCAGGACCCCAGCCAGCCCAAUAGCACAAAGAACCAAAGCCUGCCGAAAGCAUCUCCAGUCACCACCUCUCCCACGGCUGCAACUACUCAGAACCCCGUGCUCAGCAAACUGCUCAUGGCUGACCAAGACUCACCUCUGGACCUUACUGUCAGAAAGUCUCAGUCAGAACCUAGUGAACAAGACGGUGUACUUGACUUAUCUACUAAGAAAAGUCCAUGUGCUAGCAGCACUUCCCUGAGCCAUUCUCCAGGCUGCUCCAGUACUCAAGGGAACGGAGAGGAGUCAGCAGAGGCACCCGUAGCUGAUCCUAACCGUCAAUCAAAGUCUCCACUGGAGAAGUUUAUGGUCAAGUUGUGCAAUCAUCAUCAGAAGCAAUUCAUCCGCGUCCUGAGUGACCUGUACACCGAGUCCCAGCCAGGUUCUGAGGCCCUGCAGCCUCUGGAUUCCACCGUGAUGGACGUCUCCGCUUGCGAUUCGGGCUGUGCCCAGCUGAGCGGCAGAGAGAAUGAAAAGGAUGAUUGUCUCGAGGAGAGUUCUCCUGCCUCUGUAAAGUUGUUCUUAGACUCAUCCGGUUCUCCUAGCUCCCUGAAUGUGACUGAAGAAACCAUGAAGGAACCACCUCCUGAGACAGACUCUGUAGAUGGGAGAGACAGUGCCGCGAGCUCGAGCGCUGUCCAGAAAGGUUCCUCUGAACCUCCAGACGCUCAGCAUAACCCCACAGGUUCUGCAGACAGUUCCACCAUGGGAUGCCUCGGUACACUGGACGCUUUCUCUUCUAACUCUCCCCACAGUGCUAAAAGCUUAGAGGGGCAAACCACUGGCCAGGAGCAAGACACAGACAUGAAACCCUGUGAGGAUGCUGAAGACAGUGCCCCAGCGCCAGUCCAAAGUCUGGCUGCAGUGGAAGAGGUGGCUGAGAAUACUGAAGAGGGUGGUAGCUGUAUUGUGUCUCAAAGAAACUCAUUCAAAGCUUUAUCAGAAGAGACGUGGGACUCAGGGUUUAUGGGAAACUCAUCUAGUACUGCAGACAAAGAGAAUGCUUUACAGUCUAGCUCAAAAUCAUCCUUCCACCAGGAUUUAGAGACAGAUGAGCAAGAUGCAAGGCCAAAGCAAGAGAACCAUCUUCAUUCAUUAGGUAGAAACAAGGUAGGUUUCCAGACAUAUCCCAGAGACAAGGGCCAUUUUGAUCAUUCCAGAGGUGGUUGGUUAGCUCCCAGCCCCACGCCAACUGUACACAGAGCAUCCAAUGGUCACUCACAAACCAAGAUGAUGUCAGCCUCCAUCAAGACUGCUCGGAAAAGUAAGAGGGCAUCAGGGUUGAGGAUAAACGAUUAUGACAACCAGUGUGAUGUUGUUUAUAUCAGCCAACCAAUAACAGAAUGCCACUUUGAGAAUCAAAGAUCCAUACUGUCUUCUCGGAAAACAGCCCGAAAGAGUACCCGGGGAUAUUUCUUCAAUGGUGACUGCUGUGAGCUGCCAACUGUUCGCACACUGGCCAGAAAUUUAUGCUCCCAAGACAAAGGAAGCUGCUCACAAGUAGCAUCAGAGGCAGUGAUGACUCCCAAGCAGACUCUUACAGUUCCCACCUCAAAGCACACAGUAGGUGUGCAGCUUCCCACAGUAGGUGCACAACUUCCUACAACAGAUGUACAGCCUCCCACAGCAGGUACACAACUUCCUACAGCAGAUGUGCAGUCCCCCACAGUAGGUGCACAACUUCCUACAGCAGAUGUGCAGUCCCCCACAGUAGGUGCACAACUUCCUACAGCAGAUGUGCAGCCUCCCACAGUAGAUGUACAACUUCCUACAGCAGAUGUGCAGCCUCCCACAGGAGGUGUACAACUUCCUACAGCAGAUGUGCAGCCUCCCACAGUAGGUGCACAACUUCCUAGAGUAGAUGUCCAGCUUUCCUCAGUAGGUACACAACUUCCUACAGCAGAUGUGCAGCCUCCCACAGUAGGUGCACAACUUCCUGCAGCGGAUGUACAACUUCCCACAGUGGAUGUGCAGAUUUCCACAGUUGAUACGCAGCUUUCCACAGUAGGUGAGCAGCCUCUAGAAGAUAUCUGUGACGAUCCUAGGAAAGAGAGAACCUCCCUUGAGGGAGGGGACGAAGACACAUCCUCAGCGAAAAAGCAUCAGGAGGCAGAGGUUUGCCUCAGCUUGAGGGAACAGGAUCCUAGUAGCUCCCCUAGGCCGGGAGAGACCACAACCUCUAGCCCAGCAUGCCUCCUGCCUACUCUCCUCCCUAAUGACAAUAUGUCUGAGGUGCCAGAAGGCAGCAUUGUGGUCUCACCUCCCACAGAAAGUGUACUGUCUUUCCAGGAGCAAGACCAGCCACCAGCCUCUCAGCUAGGUCCAGAGGAAAUGCAGGCACAGGAGUGCCACUUGGUUCCGACAGCUGGAAGCACCCCCUUUACCUCCCGAGAGGACAGUGAAGACCUCCUCUGUAGACCUCAGUCUUCUCCUAAAACAUCCAUCAGAGAGGAGAGCUCUCCAUGCUCGGAAGAUGAAGGUUCCACUGUGGCUUUAGAUCCCCCCCUGGGCCUAGAACUGUCUGAACAUGACCAAAGCACCAGCACUGAGGCGGAGACCAGAGACAUCCCCGGGGAGACACUGUUGCUAGAUGACUCCCUGCCCCUCCUGGAGAGCAGCAUUGUCACUGAUGAGAACCCAAGCGAGAUGGAAGAAGGUGAGGCCACAAGUGGAACAGGACACCUGGAGGCGCAUGACAAUGAUACAAAAUACUCAGCAGAAAAUGAUCCCAGUGAGCCAAACUCCGACUCACCUGAAGAGAAUGUGGAUAAGAAGAAAAAGGCUAGAAAGUUCCCCGAGGCCUCUGAUAGGUGCCUAAGAAGUCAGCUUGGAGAUCCUUCCUCUUCUGACAGGUACCCAGGAAGCCAGGGUUUGGAUUCAUCCGCUGCUUGCUCUGAAAUCAAGGUUUCUAAAAAUCCUGCUGUAAAGCAUUCUAAAAGAGAAGGGGACUCUGGUAGGGUGACAUCCGAGGGACCAGUGAUUGACAGCAUCCAUCCAGACAAUCUGGAAGACCCUGAAGACUCUGGUGUUAGUGAGCAUUCCUCUGAUGAAGAGACCAAGCAGGAGACUGAAGGAGUUGGUGUCAUUACAAGGCAGACUGUUAAAAAUAUGCUGGCAAAGGAAAUUAAAAGGGAAGAGGGAGGGACUUACCCAAACAGUGACCCAGCCACUGUUGGCCAGCCAUUGCCUGGGGACAAUCUGGAAACCCAUGUCUGGUCCAAGAUAGAUGAGAGAGAUGCCCAUGUGCCCUCAGAAAGCAUUCCUUGCAAGAGGGAUCCAGAGCAGGUAAAAGAGAACCCGGGACACCUUGCCAUACAGGACACAGAGGCUGCCGCUAUGAGUGAGGUAGACCCUGAGGAUACCCACCAUAAAGAUGAUGCUGGCCUCGCUCCAUGUAGCUCAUCUGGGAUAUCAGCCAGUCAUAGUGACGGUGCUGAUGGGCCACCAAAAUCAGUAACAAGGCCUAAGAGACUGCCUUCUUCUACCUACAACCUGAGACAUGCUCAUUGUUCGAAUGCCUUGGACACUGCAAAAAUGACUUCAGAAAAGCAAGGCACACAGGUAAACCCAGCAGCCAAGGAAGGCGGAGCUUCCGAGAGUGCAGAGCCCUUAGAUGAGGAAGAUGAGGACUCGGUGGUGGAGGAGCAGCCCAAGUUCAUAGGAUGGUGUGCAGAGGAGGAGAACCAGGAGCUGAUCGCCAGCUUCAACGCCCACUACCUGCGGGUCCAGAAGGGCUGGAUCCAGUUGGAGAAGGAAGCUCAGCCAACGGCAAGAGCAAGGAGCAAGUCUGACAAGCUGAAGGAGAUUUGGAAGAGCAAGAAGCGGGCACGGAAGUGUAGGGGGUCGUUGGAGGUGCAAAAGUUUUCUCCCGUUCAGAUGCUGUUUAUGACCAACUUUAAGCUGUCUAACAUCUGUAAGUGGUUCUUAGAGACAACAGAAACUCGAUCUCUGGUCAUUGUGAAGAAACUCAAUACUCGUCUUCCAGGAGACAUCCCCCUUGUUAAACACCCUCUUCAGAAGUUUCCUCCUUCCACCAUGUACCCUAGUUCACUACAGGCAGAACGCUUGAAAAAACAUUUAAAGAAAUUCCCUGGAGCCAUUCCUGCUAGGAAUAAUUGGAAGACACAGAAGCUAUGGGCUAAACUACGAGAGAAUCCUGACCUGAUAGAGUCAGAGGAUGGCAGUGACAUCAGCUUUGGCCCUAGCAGUGAAGACAGCGUGGAGGAAGUCAGGGAAGGCAGACAUAGCCAUCCUCCCACCAACUUGCCUACUCCAGCCAGCACCCGGAUCCUUAGAAAGUAUUCCAAUAUUCGAGGAAAGCUCAGAGCACAGCGCCUGGACAGCUCACUGUGUGGGGCUUCUGAAAUGAAGCAGGGCCGCAAGAGCGUGUGCAUUAACCCGCUCAUGUCCCCAAAGCUCGCCCUCCAGGUGGGUGCAGAUGGGUUUCCCGUCAACCCCAAGAGGGCUGAAAGAAGCAAGGGGAGAAGAGGGAAGCAGAUGCCGGAAACUUUGCUUAAAGUGGAAGGUCAGAACAAGCGCAAGAGAGCAGAAGGCUCUGGUACUCAAGAUGGUAAGGACAAGGGGCCGGCAACAAAAGUCAGCAGAGGCCUUUCUGCCAAGAAGCUAGCUGCAAAGGACAGAGCCAACCAACUCUCCAAGAAGAUGACCUUGAAAGCGAAUAAAGUGAGAGUCUGUAGAAAGGGUCCUGGAAGGAGCUGCCUGUCAUCCAGGAAAGAAAAAGAGAAUGCCAACAGAAGACCUGGCCAUCCUGCGGCAGCCUCCGAAGCGCUGACAAAGCCUUCAAAACAAAGGGGCGCAAGAGAAGCCUCUUCAAAGCCCCCAAAAGUGAGGAGGAGAAACCGGAAGCUGAGCAGUGGUAGGGGCCAUGCCAGACCCUUAGCAAAAAGCCCAGAGAACCGGACUGCCCCAAGAAAAAGAAAGCUCAAGGCCAAACUGGACUCUUCCCAGGGCAAACGGAGGCGGUUAGAAGCCAAGUGAUAGUGGAUAGCCACUGAGAGCAACGGGCCCAUGAGAGCAACCUUUCAUUUUGCAUUAACAGAAUCUGGUUUUCUGAGCCUCUCAAGCCUUUCACGGUGUAGUUACGGGGAACGCCAGUUUGAGAUGCCAGAAACUGGAGAAGAGAACUGGCAGAGUUCUUCUCUGGGGCUAAGGGAAGUGGUAGGUUAUUUUCUGGUUGUUCCUUGGGUUUUAUACUUGGAAUCAAGCAGUUUCUGUUUUAAGAAGUACAGUGCCUUAUUUAUCCUUUUUUGUUUAAAAAUUUACAAAAGCUAAGAAGCUGAUGUAUGUGACUAAAGGCUUGUAUUUUAUACUUGACGCACAAGCACUUGUUCUGUCACUGAAGAGGCCGCCGCCGCCACACAUGCACGAGCGGGCGAGGAGCCGUCAGCAGCUGCCUGUGCGCCUGGACAGGUGCACCUUGCAGACCGCAGCACAACUCCCUCUCUGUCUUGUUUGGUUUUUAUUUGAUUGAUAUUUGAAAGCUGAACCAAAUCAUUUCUAUGGUAUGUGGAGAAUGCAGGGGAUUUAUAAUUAUUAUGAAAGAUUAAUAUUUCUGUUAUGUUUCUUCCAAAACUCAUAUUGUUGAUCACCCCUUCAUCUUUUUAUUUUUUAAAAUAAUUUCAGAUCAUGUUCUCAAAUUUGUGUGCCCAUGGGACAAAGAUGUGCUACACUUCCUUUUGUUGUUGUGUUUUGUUUUUUGUUUUGUUUUGUUUUGUUUUGUUUUUUGUCCCAAACUAUGUUACUACUAACAUGCUGGUCAUUUGGUCAUUAGGAUGAGUGACUCUUGUUUUCAUUCUUACACAAUGUAUUUCCCUGCGCAUCAGAAGUUCUUUCCGGCAGUGGAAAAGCUUAGCUGUGUGCAUAUGCGUCUUAUGUGCUCAUGGCUGCUACCCGCAAGUGUCUUCUGGUACUGGUUUCACAGUAAAGUUCCUCCUUCCCCACGCAGUGCAUCUGUGAGCUGCGUAGUUAGCAAUGACCGGAAUGUCGGAAAGUAAUUCCAAGUCUCCGUGUGCAUUUCUAAUCCGACUUCCACAUCAGCCUUGGGAGAGGUGUGAGCAGUGGCCCUGAAAGACCAGGCGCGCAGGCAACUGAGAGCUUCUGCUCUGAGUCUUAGCGGGGCCACAUCCCCACAGAUGAGUGACGUUCAGUGGGGCUCUCUGAUGGGAGUUGUCUGUGCCUGGAGUAGGUGUCUUUUCAAACUGAUGGUUCCGUUCUCGUGGCUGAACGCUUGCAGAGUUGCCCCUCCCCUCCCAUGUCAUUCUGUCCCAUGGCUCAGAAAUGAGAAACGCAAUAAUUGAAAGUGACGUUUGCCUUUCCUUGGUGGAGCCUGACACGGCCCCAUUGGCUUUACUUGGUGCCUACAGCAUUGCUCCAUUAUAAGUGUGUACUUGACAUUUCCAUUGGGCCAGUCAGCAAACCUUGGGUCGCUAAAGCCUCCAUCGGCUUUGACCUGUCCUGUCACCAAAAUAGCUUGCAUGGACAGCUGCUGCCCUGUUCUUCUGAUUAAGUUUCUACUUAGGUUGAUUCAGAUUUUUUUUUUUAGAUCAACCCGGAUGGGCUUCUUUUAUAUGCAAAUCAUGAUAAAACAGGCCUUCUACCUAUUUUGCUAUUGUCAAAGGUUUGCUGCAGAUGAUGGAAACUUCUGAUAAUUGGGUAGGACUGGAGUAUUUGACUCUUGAGAAGUUAAGACUUGUGUUGAAUUUCACAGACAAUGAAAGUCACCAGUUUCUUUUUUUUUUUCUUUUUUGGGUGUGUGUCACCUCUGUUCCAUGAGCUUCCUCCCUUUCCCCAUUCCCUGUUUUGUUUUGUUUUGUUUUGUUUUAUUAUUAUUAUCUUUGACCUUGACCAUUCACAAGCUACCUAUGGUAAUGAGCCUGCUGAGCGAGUGCCGGCAACUCUUUCUUAGCAUUAGGUUGCACAGGAGCAUUAAUGUGUUUUAAAUAGGUUCAUUUAAUCCUAAAGGAUGGUUUUAAGGCUUAAAAAACUUUUGCUAUAGUUGUCGCUGGAUAGUCUUGUUGUAGUGACUUAAACAGCUGAGGCUUACUAAUGUCCGCUCUGCCGAUGCCUGUAUAUAUGAGGAGCCCUUGGCUACCUGGAGAUUUCCUUGUAGGGUGCUUGGAUUAGGUUAGGGGGAGGAGUGAGUGGUAAGCUGGUGGGAUGCUUCCAGUUCCCACCAGUUUAUAAUUCAUUCCGUUACUUUUCUGGUGGUGUUUUCAGUUUUCAAAGUUCACUUGGAGGUAGGCUGCAUUUGAAGAAGCUAUGUGGAAGUGUUUAUUCUAUAACCACCUAAUGAUGAUGUAAGCAUCUUGAAAAUCAGCUUACACUUGAUGAUAGUAACUGCAUUUAUUUAUAUUUGUACAGUCUACAAAAUUAGCACGUUCAAAUUAAGUAAUCUCAUUUUUGCUGAUCUGGUUAAUUUUGUUAAUAGAAGAAGAGAAACAAAAGCAAAACGUGACGGUAGCUCUACGCCUUUCUAUGCCCAGAGCGUGCUGGGAGGUUAUCCCCUCCGCAUCUCCAGAUUGGGCAUUGACUGCAGUCUCUUUGUUUUCCUCCCCUCCUGUAGCCAUUUUCAAAUAUGACUUGCCACCAUCUGCAGUGCACUCUGUCCCACGGUUUUGAUGCUAAGUCUGAAAGGCAUUCUGCUUCUGCCCUGGCUGUCACAGGCUGGAGCUGGACUUGAUGCCAGAGGACUGGUGCUCUCUGUUCAGGAGCUGGAAGACGCCCCAGAAGCUAUCAGAGCAGCUCUGGGUAGCUUCCCUAGAGCACAGCCUUCCUCGGGAGAUCCGUUUUCGUAUUGGGCUCCCUGGGAUGGGCCUGCUCUCUUGAUGGGGGUUCACAGUUUUAUUCUGACACCUCCUAGAUAUGUUAAUCUCUCAGUGCAUUGGGAAGGCCCCAAACCUUUCUCUGUUCUGGGAACUUCCUGCAUAGGAAUGUUACCUGAGGCUGUUGAUCCACAGUUGCUAGUCCCUGGGAUUCCUUGCUGGGUUGUUUUUUUUUUUUUUUUUUUUUUUUUUUGGAGGGGGGAAGUGGGGGGUUCCCUGUCCAUUCUAAACCGCAGUUGAGCUGUGGGGUCUGUACCCCAUCAUUCUGUAAUGGCUUAGAGAGAAGAGCUCUUCAUCCCUUGCCCCAGGGCCUCAGUGCAUCACCCAGCACAGGUGCAUCUCUCCCCCUGCACCUAGGUCAUCAGCAAGUAUCACUGCGAGACAGAUGCUGUAAGCCAAGAUCUGGCCUGCGUCCAGCCUUGUGAUGGCCUCUGUCGUGAGGCCACAGCUGCCACUCAUUGAUCCGUAGACCUGAAUCCCUUGGGAAAUGACACCGUGCUCUGUGACGCAAACUGGAGAUGCUUCGGUGUUGCCAUCAGCAAGCCUGUGCUUGUCACAAUAUCAGAAACAAACUGAAUCAUCCAAGAAGCUGCCCAGUAGCCAGGUAGCCACCUCCGUCCCUGUGGCUUCAGAUCAGUCAGCUCAGGCCUCCUCUUAGCUUAAACAAGCAGUCACAGCCAUGCAGAAUGGACUGUGUAAAUUACACUCCUGUGUAAAUUUUAUGGGCACACAACCUCGCCCUUUUGCUUACCGAUUGUCCAUGAAGUAGAUUAAAUACUUAGAGAAACCCACAAAGCCUAAAAUAACUAAAUUUACAUCUUUGAAGAAACCCGCUGACCCCUGCUUGAGAAAAUAACCACUUUUAGGAAUUAAUCCUCUCCAUUCCCCUUCUGCCUCGUGCCUCCCAUCUCAGUUCUGUCCUGUGCACACAUUCGUGUGCUCUUGCUGUAAGAGGCAUGCCAUUGAGACAGCUCCUAUGUAGGCUUUGAACAAGAAGUGCAUCUCCCUUUAAAUACUUUACCCCAGCCCCUCCAUGAAGGCACUACAUCCUGUAGACCAGACUUGGGAGCAAGGUGUCUUUGGAUUCUAAAAUUCUGUGGCCUGACCCCUGUCCCGUUCCCAUAGUUUGUGAUCAUAGAACUGCCUCUGGCUGUACUUGUUUACUGAAAUAAGCCAAGACCUCUCUGAUGAGCUUAGCUGGGGGUGCUUCUGGGGGGCAUUUAGUUGUGGGAAAGUCAAACAGCACGGAAACAAAAGCCUAGUGGCAACCAAAGCACUGUUUAUAAUGUGUUCCCAUUGAUCUGUUUUUAAUCGCACACCUUCAAAAUAAUUUUAUUAAAGGCAAGCUAACAAUAAAAUGGCAGUUUGUACAUCACACUUACACAAGUUCCAGGCUGUGAGUCCUCCCUGGGCCCCCAACUCAAAUAAGUUUCUAUUUAUUCUGCAUUCCAGAAAGAGGUUGUCGUGUCAGACAUUUUCAAAAUGGGGACCUUGUCCCCUAAUGAGUGGACAGUGCUGAAGACCGAACUCCAGGCCUCAUGGUAGACAAGGCAGGCUUUCUACCACUGCACAACGUCCCCUGCCCAAAUUAUUUUGGACCUUGCCUAUUCUGGUUAUCCACUGAAACAGGAAGUGUCUAUACCCAAAGCAGUCCUCAUAUCCACACAGCAGGUACUUCAACCUACAUCCUUCAAGAAAAAGAUAUUUUUGUUAAAACUUAACACAGCAGACCUAGGGAAGUAGCCUUUUGACACUGCUUUCAAAAUAAUUCCAGUCUUGAAAAUUCUGAAGACUCCUGUCAUGUACAAGAGACACAUUGCAGGGCUUGUAGCACCCCACUGUUCUGCACCCAAAGGACCACCGAUGACAGUGUGCAAGGUUGUCGUCACUCAUGCCUUUCUUUGUCUUUGGGUUUGAGCCAGUGGUGGUCAGUUCCUGAUGUUACCUUCUCCCCACCCGAUUGCCCUUUCCCAGGCUUUCCAUGUGUUGGCCUCAGCACAUCCCCUAGCCUGCAGAUUGGCAGCUGCACAGGCACGUGAGCAGGAGACCCUGAUGCUUUCACGUCCGAUAGGCCCAUCGUGUCUGAUCGGAGUGCAGUUGUAAGCCACCCGAAAGCAUAGACCACCUGUCUGAAACAGCAGCACAGUGCCCAUGGUACUCGAAUACGCCAGGGGUUGGAUGAGUGUGUUUUCACUAUUUGAACUGGAUAAGUAGGAGUAACAGAACCACAGACUGACAGUGAUCUACACUACCUAGAAUACUCACUGCCUGACCUUUUAGGUCAGUGUACCGAUCUUUGCAAAAGCCAUUAUGAAAUUGUCUGGGCAGUUAGGCACACUCCCCACCCCCCGGCCCCCACCUAAGUCACCAUUGCAGCAGUCCUAGGUUUAUGGCAUCUUGCAUGUCUGUCCGAGCACACAGUAGCCAUCGUACAUCAUUCCUGAUAGUGCUUGCAGAGAAGACGACUGUCUUUGCUCAUUAGAUACUUGCUGAGUUGUGGAUAUACAGUACCGGCUAGGGUAUAGUUUAAAGUGUGGUUUUGUAACCUAAGAAUGCAGUCAGUCAUCGAUCUUACUCAUCACCGUGAACUUGACUGAUAGAGACAUUCCACCGGCAGUGUUUGGCAGACGCAUGCUGAGCUCCGGUGAUGGAGCGGUCUCCAGCAGUGCCUCUCUCAAAGCACAGGGACUGGUUGUGUUCGCACUGAUAGCCCUCUGUUCUCUCCUGUACAUAUGACGUAUGCAGGUUUACAGUUCUCAAAUUUGGUCAGUAUCUGUGUGUUUGAACCCUGACUCUAGGCCAUGCUUCUUUUUUACACGAAGAGUGUGUUAUCCAUGCACCAGCAGCUUUAGGCCCAGCAAGUCCAGGGCCCUCUAGCCUGCCAGGGAAGCCCAGGCUUGUUCAAGUCUGAAGCAGCUCCUCCUCUGGGGAGCCAUUCUCGGUACAUUGCCUUCUCCCCUCCUGACUCUGUCACUGGCCUCCUUCCAGGUGGCAUCUUCUCUGGGACCUCCCCCCUGCCCCCAAGUGCUUUGCUGAACAUAUCACAAGAGAAGAAUUUCUCCCCUCGUUACUAGAUUCUCAGUGUUAGUGGACCGGGUCUGAAUGCCAUUCAUCGCUCACCUUCCCCCCACUCCAGUUGGUACUGUGAUGUACAGCUCGUGUUGUGUUGUAGUCAGAGCUGUAUGUUGUACUCGGAAGCGUUUGUGGUAAAGCUACCACACAGAUGAGAUCUGCCUAAUUUUGUAUAUUUAUACCACAGGUAUAAAGGAUUAUUACUGCUAGGGCCACUGUAUCUUAGGGUAAUUGAUUUCACUUGUGGCUUCUGCAUUCUUAGUAGUUCUAGGAGACUGUAUUAGUGAUUGGUUUCAAAUAUAUAGAGUACAUAUUUAUAGACACCACUGUGGAGUUUAUUUUACUGUGUAAAUAGUGGUAUUUUCCUGUUCAAAUGCUUCUAUACAAAGUAUUUAUUUUAACAAAAGUAGUUAGCUGUCAAAAGGGCUUUCCAAAAACUGUUCUUGCCAUCUCUUCUCCCACGCUCAGCUAUCAGACGCCUAAGCAUCACAGUAAAGGCAGGAGGUUGCUGUACUUGGGCAGACACAACAUGGAUUGGGAACCGGAAUGCUGCCCUGGAUGCUCCUCGCCAGACCAAAGUGGAGCUUGAAGGGGUGUGGCUUUGCUCAGCCUAGCAUCCUGGCGUCCCCCAUAGCCACUUACCUAUGCACCAUUGAUAUAUUCAGCCAUUCUCUUCCAUGGUCUGUGCAUGGAAGUGACCUUGGUUGUAGUCCUGUGGCAAGCAGCCUUAUGCCCGUGCAAUGAGGAGAAACCACGGUGGUUGCCGGUAUGAGCUUCUCAUCUGGCUCUCGGGAUUUAUGAGAGUCGCCCUUCGACACACCUGUCACCUUCUGCACAUUGACAAAACUUGGGGACACCUUGUCUUUCCUCCUCUCCCCUUCUCAUCAAGCACCCUGUGCAGAUGCAGCCCCUCCCACUCAUCUGUAACCCAUGGUUCUAAAAUGCAUUUAGCUUUGCUUCUCAGGAGUCCUGGUCUGCAAUCCAGAGCACCCUUGAUAUCAUGGAACCAGUGCUCUGCGGUCAUGCAUGGCCCCCUUUCCCCUGUGCUUCACCCAUGGACACCCCAUCUGUCACUUAGUCACUCUUCUGGGAUGGCUGGGUUGGCCUGCAGCUCCAGGACUCUAGGGUCCUUGGAGGCCAGGUAUGUAGGAAUUACAGUCAUUUAUUUGAACUCUAGUUUGCAUAUUUCCUUAUGGCCUCCCUUUGUCUUUUCUGAACAAGGAAGGCACGUGAAUGGUGAUGCUGGAGAAAGUUUUUAUAAGAUGCUGUUUGUAAGCAAAUCUGAUUCUGAGAUGAAAUGUGAAUGGGUAACUAGGUGCCAGGGACUUUAGCACUGAACUAGACAGUCAAAACUUUUUAACCUUUGCAGAAAGUAGAUUCUGUUCUCAUCUAAAUGUUCACAAGACGUGAUGCUGUAAAUAGUUUUCUAAAAAAAAAUAUUUAUUACAUGUUCUGUAUACAAACUCAUGUUCUGAGUGAUGUUGGUUUGCAUUGUAUUGUAGAAGAUUAUAUUUUGAAUAGUGGACUUCUUUCAUAAUACAGUUCACUCAUGGAGAAAGAAACAAAACCAGCAGGUUGAGAGCUGUUUGGGGCAUUUGAUCUGUAAUGGACCACCCAAUCCAAGCUUUAACCGCCCCCCUCUUCUCCCCUGGUUGUGUUAUAUAUAUUAUAUAUAUAUAUAUAUAUAUAUAUAUAUAUAUACAGGUGUACAGUACAGGUCAGUGCUUGGGUCUGCAGAGCAGAUUUCCAGGUGUCCUUUCUGAUGUGUUCCCAUAGCAAUAUGACCCCGGGUGCUGACCAGUCCUGUGGUCUCAGAGGAUCAGGUUGGGGGACAGCUCUUGCAAUGCCUCUUGCCUUUCCUAAGGGGUUGCUUUACUUGAAUCGAUGCCUCUGUUUCUUCUGCAUGCUCCAGUGUCGCAAAACUAUAGCAGGGUGUGGGGAACUCUCCCAACACCAGACACGUCAAAAGUGGACAUGCCAACCACAGCUUAGCCAUUUCCCAGGAAUUUUACUUUCCAGAACAGAUGAGGCAAAGCUCAAUUGGCCAUAGAAUAAAUGUAAGGAAUUUUUACCAGAGAAACAUAUGUGGCCUGUUAACAUUCCCCCUACCCCCGACCCCCGUCUGACUCACCUUUGGAAGCCAGCCUAUGUCCUGCCUUCUGCCUCUAUGCCUAGGCUCAAGAUGUCCAUGGCCCCUAGAGUCUGGCUAGGUUCUUAAUGUGCCCAACUCUAGUUGAGCAGCCUUUUCCCUGUGACCGUCCUAAGCUUAAUGAAAAGGAAUACCCCACACCCAGGAACCCAUUGUUAGAAGUGAUGUAGUUUUUUAGGCUUUUGGAAUAUGUCUUCUUUUGUAUUUCUGAUGGUGAUUGGGAUUUUUCACUAGUGUUUUUUAGAUUGAAGUGGGUGCAUUAAGGUAAACUUUCCACUGCUGAGCCCCAAAGCGUGCAGAGGAGAGGACUUGCCCUGCAUUGUGUUGUUGGGGAGGCGACUACUUAUGGUGAGGGGGUGGGGUGGGGGUCUUGUAGAUGAGAUGGGGUUGGAAUAGAAACUCUGGCCAGAGGUUUCCUGAGUCUUUGAUAUUUUGUAAUGAAACUCCCCACAUUAACCCUGCUUAAUCUCAAUGUAAGCCUGCUGUUUACCCUCAGGGAACAAGUGGUUUUCAAAAUUGAGCUCCUCCAAGGUCCUGGGCCAGUGCCUGUGUGCGCUGGUCCUCUCCGUGAUCUCAUGGCAUUAUUUCCCCGUAUGCAUUACGAUAGUAAGAAGUUCCACCCCACCCUGUAUGAAAAGCACAGCCCAGUGCCCUAAUUUAGGCUUGUGUCGUUGCCUUCGAGGGGCCUGGGGGGAGGUCCUAGGAGGUCCAUGCAGUUUAACUGAAGCUCAGGUGUGCAUUGGAUUUUGCCUCUAUUAGGCCACAACCCUUCAGAAUGAGUGUAGGGCAGGGGCUACGGAUCCGGCUCCAGAUUCAGGGAGCUGAGUCUCCACUGUUCCUUAAGUUUUUACUGGUCCCUCCCGGUGGCGUUGCCAAGGUCAAUCUUGUAGGUGUUUGGAUGUGCUCCUUUUUUGCUGUCUUGUGAGUCGUAGCCAGUGCUCCAGGAGCCCAAGGGCGGGGCCUCUGGAGGGUCCACCCUCCCUUACCCCAGCGCCUUUCAGACUAGUGGAGCGAAAAGACUCUGCAAAUGGCCACUGGCCGGACAGCACGUGCCUCUGGGCCUGGAUUCCACUGUUAGUGAGUGUAGGAAAAUACUGUGUCUUUAAUGGAUGAAAUUCAAUGUAUGCUGUGAAUUUGUUGGUUUGAAACAUUGAAAAAUUUUCAUUAGACAAUGUUUACAUACCUCACCUGAAGAACCUUUGAGAGUGUAUAUAUGAAAUUUAAAAAUAUAUUAAGUUGCUUUAAAACAGUAUGUAUAGCUAUAAAAGUUGGAGUUAUUUUAACUUUGAGUAUGUACCAAGUCUCUUAAAUAUUGGAAUCUCGUAGACUUUCUGGCUUCUGUGUUUUGCUUUCCUAUGGACCACAUAGAUAACUGUGUUUUUGUUCUUGAUAAAGGGGGCCCACACCGACGUCCAGGCUUGGAAGGAUUUUCUGGUUUGGUUUUGAGGGGAGGGGUGUGGAACUAGAGGGUGUGUGGGAGGGAUUUCUCUAACCUUGACAUCUGUGAGCUUUUUCAAGGCGCUUAUUUUAUUGCAGCAUAUUAAAGUUCUUUGAUAUUAAA